UUAUCCAGUGUUGAAAAAGCGUUAGAAUACGACAAAAUCCGUGUGCUUUUGAAAAAGUACACCGCUUCUCAACUUGGGACGGCGCGUGUUGACACCCUCACGCCAUCUUGUGACGUCGAUAAAGUUCGCUACCUGCUCACCUUGUGUAGUGAGACGAAAUUCUUUCAUCAAGUUUACGGUGGAAUACCGCUGAACGGUUUAAAGGAUAUCCGUAAAUCGCUAAGCCAUGCCGCGAAGGUAGGGGCACUUUUAGAUGCUGAGGAACUUCUUGAUGUCCGAAAGGUCGCACAGAUUCCCGAAGACAUCCAUCAUGCCUUCAAGAAACGCGAUCGAGAGGAGUUUCCCAACCUUUUUUCUAUUGUCGAUGCACUACCGGUGUUUCCAGAAUUAGUUGAGGCGAUUGGCUAUUGCAUCGAUGCAGAGGGAAUGUUGCUGGAUCGCGCAAGCCCUGAGUUACGUGCCAUCCGCCGCAAGUUGUAUCGCCUUCGUGAAGAUAUACACCAAAAACUGGAAGCGACACUGCGUUCACCGCAAUAUCAGAAAGCAAUUCAGGAACAGGUCAUCACCUCUCGAAACAAUCGGUAUGUCAUCCCAAUAAAGCAGGAAGCACGAUCAUCUUUUCGAGGCGUGGUUCAGGGGCAAUCCACAAGCGGUGCAACCUUUUUUGUGGAGCCUUUGGAGAUUGUUCAGAUGAACAACGCACUCCAUGAAGCCGCUGAAGCCGAACAACGUGAAAUUCGACGUAUCCUCCUUGAGCUCACCGAUCGCGUGCGCGACAACCUACACGAAUUGGAACUGUCUCUGGACCUGUUAGCGGAGUUGGAUUUUUUGAACGCAAAGGCACGUUUUAGCCUUGCAUUAAACGCUGUUGAACCGGAACUGAAUACCCACGGCGUUGUCAAAUUGAUUGAGGCGCGGCACCCGUUGUUGGAGUUCCAUCAUGUUAUACCUACAAACGUUCAUAUCGGGAAAACGUUCAAUACACUCAUCAUCACCGGUCCGAAUACGGGUGGCAAAACCGUUGUUCUCAAAACGGUUGGACUUUUAGUGCUCAUGGCACAAUCCGGUUUGCAUAUUCCGGCGGAACACGGGAGUCAGGUUGCUAUCUUCGACCAUGUCUUCGCUGACAUUGGCGAUGACCAAGGUAUAGAACAGAGUCUGAGUACUUUCUCCUCACAUAUCACAAAAAUUGUGGAGAUGCUCAGGAAAAUCGAGGACGCUGAAUAUUCGCUUGUGUUGCUGGACGAGAUCGGUGCUGGAACAGAUCCGACCGAGGGAAGCGCCCUCGGUAUGGCACUCCUUGAUUGGUUCGGAGAAAGACAGGUGAAUACUAUCGUCACGACGCACUAUGGCGCACUCAAGGUGUAUGCCCAUACACAGCAACGUAUGGAAAACGCUUCAAUGGAGUUUGACUGGACGACCCUGUCUCCGACCUACCGACUCCAAAUAGGUAUACCCGGAAGUAGCAAUGCCAUAAAAAUUGCCUCGCGACUCGGAAUCCCCUCUGAAAUUCUUGAUGAAGCACAAACGCAUUUGGGCAAUACUAAUGUGGCUAUCGAGGAUCUCCUCGUGCGUUUGCAGCAAACACAAGAUGAGUUGGAGACAGAACGGGCACUCCUGCACGAUAAAAUUCGAGAAGCUGAGGUGGCAUCCGAGAAACAUACACAGCUCCUUCAAACCCUUGAAACGGAACGGGAUACCUUAAAACAGCGGUCUGAGAGCGAGGCUCGCGACAUCGUUGCCAACGCACGCAAAACCAUAGAGAAACUCGUCGCUGAUAUUCGCAAACAACAAGCCUCUAAAGAUAGUAUCCAAAACGCUUUUUCAGAGAUAGAGACUGCCAAAAAGUCGCUGAAGACAGAACUCCCGAAAAAACAGUCUAACCAACCGAAGCUCAAAGUUAACGUCGGUGAUAAGGUCAGAGUCAAGAAACUCAGCCGAUUCGGAGAAGUCACCGCUAUUAAACCGCGCGGUAAAAUGCCACUUCAGAUUCUGGUUGGGAAUAUGCGAAUGCAAGCCGCCUACCACGAAAUCGAUUCUGUGACCCAAAACAAGAAACAUCACACCUUUCGACGUCUGUACUUGAUAUCCAAUAUACUAAAUCCAAUACAAUCAGUAGUGAGCUUAAUAUCCGAGGGAUGCUUGUAA